CUGGACUACCAGCGAAUGCACGGGACGCGCUGCAAUGGCUGUGGGGACUUUGUGGAGGGAGAGGUGGUCACUGCUCUGGGAAAGACCUACCACCCUGCCUGCUUCGUCUGCACCAUCUGCAAACGACCGUUUCCUGCUGGGGAUAGGGUCACCUUCAAUGGCAAAGACUGUCUGUGUCAGUACUGUGUCCAGCCCACGUCCCCAGGACCUGGCAAGGACAUCAUCGACUCCAACUGCUGUACGGGCUGUGGUAGAGACAUUAAGAAUGGUCAGGCUCUCUUAGCUCUGGAGAGACAGUGGCACCUGGGCUGCUUCAAGUGUAAGGCAUGUCAAAAAGUCCUCACUGGGGAGUACAUCAGCAAGGAUGGCACACCUUAUUGUGAGAAGGACUACCAGGUUCAUUUUGGGGUCCAGUGCGAAGCCUGCCAGCAGUUUAUCACAGGCAAAGUGCUGGAGGCAGGGGACAAACACUACCACCCCAGCUGUGCACGAUGCAGCAGGUGCAACCAGAUGUUCACAGAAGGAGAAGAGAUGUACCUGCAAGGAUCAACAGUGUGGCACCCUGGCUGUAAGAACACAAACAGAACAGAGGAAAGACAUAGGGAACGGCCUUCGAGGUCGUCGUCCGAGAGUAUCUGUUCCAGACCUGGUUCAAGCAUACCUGGCUCACCGGGUCAUACCAUAUAUGCAAAAGUAGACAAUGAGAUCCUUGAUUACAGGGACCUAGCCGCCAUUCCCAAAGUCAAAGCAAUUUAUGACAUAGAGCACCCUGAUCUGAUUACCUAUGAGCCUUUGUACACCAUGUCCCUGGAUGAGAGGGAGGAGAGGAGGGAGAGUGUGGGAGAGUCCUCAAGAAACAUGUCACCUACACCGUCUGCUGAGGGCUGCUAUGACAUGAGGGAACGCAUCCUCCAGAGGUCCACCAGUCAGGGCUCUAUCGGAUCACACGUCUACAAUCGCAAUAGUUACACCCCGCUGUCACGCUCACCGCAGCACUUUCACAGACCAGGCACUGAUCCACUCAGCGGGCGGAGCUCCCCCAUACCCCAACGGCCAGAGAGCCGGCCGGUCACUCCGCCUCUCUCUCUGACCCCUAAACAUUUCCACCUCCCAGAUCAGGGGAUCAACAUUUACAGGAAGCCACCCAUCUACAAACAACACGAUUCACCCGCACCAAAAAGAAAGUCUGCUGAUGACAUCAUCAGAUCCGCUACGUUUCCUGCCGCCCAUGUCCCCCCUCCGGAUGACACAUCACCGACCGAAAACAACCACUGGCCCCCCUGCUCUCCCUCCCUGGCCCUGGCUGCCUUAGGAGGAAGGAGACGGUCUAGGGAAGAGGAGGAAGAGGAGGCUAUGAAGAGAAAGCAAAUCCAGGAGGAGCAAAUCAACAAGAUCCAGUCUGGUUUGGGGAAGCUGAUAAUGAAAGAGGAGAAUGAGAAGGAGCAGAUCAGGGAAGAAACACCCCUGAUCACACGUAUGAAUACACCCCUGCAUAGUUUCAACUUUUCAGAUGAUUCCAAAACUUCCUCGCUGCCUGGUUAUGGACGGAAUGGAUUACACCGGCCUCAGUCCACAGAUUUCACUCAGUACAACAGCCAUGGGGACAUGUGUGGGGGAGGAAGAGAGUUUCAGCACAUAAGGGAUGGCUGUGCCGCAGUAACAAGAAUGGACAGGGGAGUAUCUAUGCCUAAUAUGUUGGAACCAAAAGUCGUACCAUAUGAAAUGCUCACGAUAACCAGUAGAGGGCGAGCUAAACUGCCCAGGGAGGUGGACAGAACAAGACUGGAGCGCCACUUAGCCCCAGAAACGUUCUUUGACAUCUUUGGGAUGGAGAUCCAGGAGUUUGACAGGCUUCCCCUGUGGAAACGCAACAGCUUGAAAAAGAAGGCCAAUCUCUUCUAGCAGUCAGAGCAGCAUGCACUCAUCCCAUCCCAUAAGAUAGCAGUCUACUCUACCACUGUAAUAUAGAUGUAGGAUUUGUUUUGAUUUCCCCCUUUCCCCCCUUUUCUUUUGACAUGUUCAAGGAAGCAAUGAAAUGGACUCUUUGUACUCUAUGCUUCCUCUACGGACUGAAUACAUAAUUAACAAACCAUAGGAUGCUACAAGGAAAUAGAAGAA